CUGCGCUGGGCGUUUGCAAAACUGUCCACCAGUACACUACGCAAUUGCGCAAUAAGGGGAUGUUGUGCGAGCAGUGGCAAGAAAUAAAUAGUUAGAAACUUAGUGCAGCCACACGUGCAGGGGUGUGUCUGUUUGUAAUCACCCGUUCCUGGAGACAUUUGGUUCAGCACAUCGAGGAUACUUGGAUGUCCCUUCGUGCGACUCUCCAUAGUGAGCCGGCUGUAUCGUUACAUGGAGACACGAGAAGGACAACGAAGAAUAACCGUGGAACUGUGUCGGAUGUUUGCUGGUUGGACAUCGUAGUUCCAGCACGAUGCUAUAUGUAAUUUGUUUCAGAAGCUGGACGGUGGAUACAAUUGUCAAAAGUGCGGAUAUUUGAGCGGGACGCACGCACAAUGCACAUUGCGGACAUGGCUGUCUCUGUGUUUGUAGUAGUGAUCAUCGCCGUCUCGUUUCUGUCCAACGUGGUGGUACUGAUCUGCUUUCUGUACAACCAGGAGAUUCGAAAGCAGGUGCCCGGGUUGUUUAUCCUCAACCUAACCGUCUGCAACCUGUUGCUUACCGUGUCCAAUAUGCCUCUAACUCUGGUCGGACUUAUCAACAAAGGAAACACUGGAGGCAGCGGGUUCUGUCAAACUGUGGGUUUCCUGGACACUUUUCUCACCACCAACUCAAUGCUCAGUAUGGGGGCUUUGAGCAUCGAUCGAUGGGUGGCAGUGGUUUUUCCGCUGAGCUACCACUCCAGAAUACGACACCGGGACGCAGUGAUAGGGCUUGGAUACACGUGGAUGCACUCGCUCUCGUUCUCCACGGUGGCCACUUGCUCUUCCUGGGUUGGGUACCAUCACAUUUACGCAUCAUGUACGCUCUGCAAUGCGAGAGCAAGCGGCUCCCGGACGCAGUUUAUCAUCUACACUGUGGUGUUACACUCUCUCACGUUUCUCUUGACCUUAAUCGUGUUGUGUGUAACGUACCUGAAAGUUCUGAAAGUUGCGCGGUUUCACUGUAAACGCAUCGACGUGAUCACUAUGCAGACCUUAUUGCUGCUUGUGGAUAUUCACCCGAGUGUGCGCCAGCGAUGCCUGGAUGAGCAGAGACAGCGGAGGCAGAGAGCCACCAAGAAGAUCAUCACAUUCAUUGGAACGUUUGUGGUGUGCUUCGCCCCUUACGUCAUCACGAGAAUCUUCGAGCUCUUCACGCUAGGACAGAUAAACCCUCACUGGGGUGUCUUGUCUAAGUGUUUGGCCUACAGCAAGGCAGCCUGCGACCCUUUUGUCUACUCACUGCUCCGGAACCAGUACAGGAAGACAUGCAGCGACCUGACCAACAAGAUCCUGAAGAGAAGUUCCUUUAACUCCUCCGCCCGCAUGGUGGAGAACGGAAGGGUCAACGACACCAACAACUUCAAACCCACCCAUUGA